AUGGCUAAGUCCAACAAAUUCAACGGAUGCUUCAGAUUGGAAGGGAAAAUAGCUGUCAUUACAGCUGCAAGUACCGGGUAAGCAAAGUUAUUUUACACAGGUUCCACUUCGAUUAUGAUAGAAAUAACUCUUUUUUACUCUCAUUUUUAGUAUUGGCUACGCGAUCGCUGAACGUUUUCUCCAUGAAGGGGCUAAGGUUGUAAUCAGCUCUAGAAAACAAUCUCACGUAGAUGAGGCCAUCCAAAAACUCAUCCGAGAUGGAGCUCCCAAGGAUAAUGUCGCCGGAAUUGUCUGCCAUGUUGGAGAAGCUGAACAUAGACAACGGCUAUUAGACUUUUCCCUCAAGACUUUUGGCGCCGUCCACAUCUUGGUUAACAAUGCCGGGAUUAACCCCACUUUUGGGGAUAUUGCCCUUAUUGGAGAGAAAGAGUGGGAUAAAUUAUUCGAGAUCAAUGUGAAGGCAGCUCACUUACUUACUCAAGCAUUUGCUCCUGUUAUUGCUAAACAUGGGUGAGUAAUUUUCGUCAAAAUCGUCAUUAAACCUUGAAAUUUUUAGUGGUGGAUCUGUAAUCUUCAACGCUUCAUAUGCUGCUUACAAAACCUCAGCAGGAAUCGCUGCUUACGGAGUAACAAAGACCGCUUUGCUUGCCCUCACUAAAGCAUAUGCUCUAUCAUUGGCCCCGCAUAACAUCAGAGUAAAUUGUGUAGCCCCAGGAGUCAUCAAAACCAAACUUAGUCAAGCUGUAAGUACCGUAACCAUAAAAUGUGAGACUAAAUAUAUCUCUAGCUCUGGGACCCGAACAGUCCAGUUGCUGACCAAGCCAAAGCCGAGCUCAACAAUUAUGCUGGUCGUCUCGGAGCUCCGCCAGAGGUCGCUUCUUUAGUCGCCUUCUUGGCCUCUCAAGACGCCUCCUAUAUCACCGGAGAAACUGUUCUUGUUACGGGCGGUGUGGACGCUCGUUUGUGA